AUGGCAGAGGAAGAAGAUAGUUGGGAUCAAUUAAUUGAUACAGACCAGAGCAUGAGCGAAGAAGAUGCAUCUUACAUGGAAGACUCAUGGUCCGAGGAAGGUGUUGACGAAGGUCUUGACGACUAUGGUAAAGAACCAGGCAGAGAAGAACCUGAACCUGAACCACCAGACCUUGUUCACUGCAGUUCAAGUCAGAGGAGGUGGUAUCAAGAAGAAGAAGCCGCAUGGGGAGAGCAACACCAUGAGGAGGACGACACUAGAGAAGAGUCUUGGACAGUAGAUGAUAGCUCUCAAGGAGAAUAUGAGCAACCCAGAAGCUGUGAAGAGCUGAACACUACACAGCCUUACAAUGCACUGAGAACUGUCUUGAGCAGGAAGAGAAAUUACUUAGAGUGGGAAAGAAACCUAGAUGAGUGGUUAUACUACAACCACAUCCUUAAGGAGCAAAGAUUAGAUUAUGCAGUUGGCCAACUUAAAGGAAGUGCUUAUCAAUGGUGGCUGCAAGAAGAAGAUGAUCGCUGGUUUUACAAAGAGCCAACCAUCUCUACUUGGGGAGAGCUUAAAGCCUUGCUGAGGAAUAAAUAUGCACAAGGAGUUUGA